GCCGCGGAUGGAUGCUGCGGGAAGGGGCUGCCAUUUGCCGCCCCUGCCAGCGGCGCGCAGACCUGUUCGCUCUCCGGCGGUGGCGGCCGCCGUCAGCGCUGUUCGUCUGUCCGGCUUUUGCAGCGGCGCCGCCUCGGCUCCCUCCGCGGCCGCCGGAGCGGUCGCCAUGAACCCCAGCUCCUCGGCGGCAGAGGAGAAGGGGGCAACGGGCGGCAGCAGCAGCAGCGGAAGCGGCGCCGGGAGCUGCUGCCUGGGCGCCGAGGGCGGUGCGGACCCGAGGGGCGCGGGGGCAGCGGCGGCGGCAGCGGCGGCGGCUGGGGCCGCUGCCCUGGAAGAGCCCGGGGCCGCCGGCCCGAAAGAGAAGGACGAGGCGCUGGAGGAGAAGCUGCGGAACUUAACUUUCCGGAAGCAGGUCUCUUACAGGAAAGCAAUCUCCCGGGCGGGCCUGCAGCACCUGGCCCCUGCACAUCCCCUCAGCAUUCCUGUGGCAAACGGGCCAGCGAAGGAGCCCAGAGCGACUCUGGACUGGAGUGAAAAUGCCGUGAAUGGAGAGCACCUGUGGCUGGAGACCAACGUCUCGGGAGACCUGUGCUACCUGGGGGAGGAGAACUGCCAAGUCAGAUUUGCAAAAUCAGCUCUCAGGAGGAAGUGUGCGGUCUGUAAGAUCGUCGUCCACACCGCCUGCAUCGAACAGCUAGAAAAGAUUAAUUUCCGAUGUAAACCAACAUUUCGAGAAGGGGGCUCAAGAUCACCGAGAGAAAAUUUUGUGCGUCAUCACUGGGUACACAGGCGUCGGCAGGAGGGAAAAUGUAAGCAGUGUGGUAAGGGCUUCCAGCAAAAAUUCUCCUUCCACAGUAAAGAGAUUGUGGCUAUCAGCUGUUCCUGGUGCAAGCAGGCGUUUCACAAUAAGGUGACCUGCUUCAUGCUGCACCAGAUUGAGGAACCCUGCUCCCUGGGGGCUCACGCUGCUGUUAUUGUCCCGCCCACCUGGAUCAUUAAGGUGAAGAAACCUCAGAACUCGCUGAAGGCUUCAAAUCGGAAGAAGAAGAGAACAAGCUUUAAAAGAAAAGCCAGUAAAAGAGGAACUGAAGAAAACAAAGGUCGUCCUUUUGUGAUAAAACCUAUCUCUUCUCCUCUCAUGAAACCUUUGCUUGUGUUUGUCAACCCCAAGAGUGGAGGCAACCAGGGAACCAAGGUCAUGCAGAUGUUCAUGUGGUACCUGAACCCACGGCAAGUCUUUGAUCUUUCUCAGGAAGGGCCAAAAGACGCGCUUGAAUUAUAUAGGAAAGUACCAAAUCUGCGGAUUCUGGCCUGUGGUGGGGAUGGAACGGUGGGCUGGAUCCUUUCCAUUCUGGAUGAACUGCAGCUGAGCCCUCAACCUCCGGUUGGGGUCCUUCCUCUGGGGACCGGGAACGACCUGGCUCGAACUCUCAACUGGGGAGGGGGCUACACUGAUGAACCUGUUUCUAAGAUCCUUUGCCAAGUAGAAGAUGGGACGAUUGUACAGCUAGAUCGCUGGAACCUCCAUGUGGAAAGAAACCCAGACUUGCCUCCAGAAGAACUUGAAGAUGGCGUGUGUAAGCUUCCUCUGAAUGUUUUCAAUAAUUACUUCAGCCUCGGAUUUGAUGCCCACGUCACACUGGAGUUCCAUGAAUCCAGAGAAGCAAAUCCAGAGAAAUUCAACAGUCGUUUUCGAAAUAAAAUGUUCUAUGCAGGGGCAGCUUUUUCUGAUUUCCUCCAGAGAAGCUCUAGAGAUUUAUCCAAGCAUGUUAAAGUUGUCUGUGAUGGAACAGAUCUCACCCCAAAGAUUCAGGAACUGAAGUUCCAGUGUAUAGUAUUUUUAAAUAUACCCAGAUAUUGUGCUGGCACAAUGCCUUGGGGGAACCCAGGAGAUCACCAUGACUUUGAACCUCAGCGUCAUGACGAUGGUUAUAUUGAAGUCAUUGGAUUCACCAUGGCCUCUCUGGCUGCCCUGCAAGUCGGGGGCCACGGAGAAAGGCUGCACCAGUGUCGGGAGGUCAUGCUGCUAACUUACAAAUCCAUCCCCAUGCAAGUGGAUGGGGAGCCCUGUAGGUUGGCCCCGGCUAUGAUUCGGAUCUCGUUGAGGAAUCAGGCCAACAUGGUACAGAAGAGCAAGAGAAGGACGUCCAUGCCUUUACUCAAUGAUGUCCAUCAGGUGCAAGCUGCGGACCUGCGGAGAGUGUCUGCCCCCCCAGGCUCCUUCACCAUUCCCCAGUCUGUCCCAGACCGUCUGAGGAUCCGGGUGAACAAAAUCAGUUUACAAGACUAUGAAGGAUUCCACUAUGACAAAGAGAAGCUCCGGGAAGCUUCCAUCCCUCUGGGUAUUCUAGUUGUGCGUGGAGACUGUGAUUUGGAGACUUGCCGUAUGUACAUAGAUCGCCUGCAGGAGGACCUGCAGUCAGUUUCUUCUGGCUCCCAGAGAGUUCAUUACCAGGACCACGAAACCUCCUUCCCCAGGGCGCUCUCAGCUCAGAGACUCUCCCCACGGUGGUGCUUUCUAGAUGCUACUUCUGCUGAUCGCUUUUAUCGAAUAGACAGAGCUCAGGAACACUUGCACUUUGUGAUGGAGAUUUCUCAAGAUGAGAUUUUUAUUCUGGACCCAGAUAUGGUGUUGUCACAGCAGGCAGGGACACCCCCAGGAAUGCCUGAUCUGGUGGUGGAGCAAGCCUCCGGAAUGACAGACUGGUGGAAUCCUGCCCUCCGGAAACGCAUGCUGAGUGACAGUGGGCUGGGAAUGAUAACUCCGUAUUACGAAGAAGACUCAGAUCUGAAAGAUUUCAGCCACUCCCGAGUGCUACAGUCACCAGUCUCUUCAGAAGAUCACGCAAUUUUGCAGGCAGUAAUAGCUGGUGAUCUUAUGAAGCUAAUAGAAAGCUAUAAAAAUGGAGGCAGCCUGCUAAUUCAGGGACCAGACCACUGUUCACUCCUUCACUACGCAGCUAAAACCGGCAACGGGGAGAUUGUGAAAUAUAUCCUUGACCACGGACCUUCUGAGUUAUUGGAUAUGGCAGACAGCGAAACGGGUGAGACCGCACUGCACAAGGCAGCUUGCCAGCGGAACCGGGCUGUGUGCCAGCUUCUGGUGGACGCAGGAGCAUCUCUGAGAAAGACGGACUCCAAGGGUAAGACACCUCAAGAGAGAGCACAGCAGGCUGGGGACCCGGAUUUGGCAGCCUACCUAGAAAGCCGCCAGAACUAUAAGAUCAUUGGCCAUGAGGACCUGGAAACUGCUGUUUGACCCUGGUAGACAGGCUGAGAGAAUCUGAACGAGCAUAUCACCUGUGCCCUCCUGGUGAUUGGGCAGCUCCCCUGGAAGAAGCUGAUGGAAUCCAUAAAUCUGUCUCUCUCCUGCAAGAAUCUAUCUGAGACCAUGCCACCAGUUUUAAGGGCUACCAAGAUGUACAACAGAACAUGAUAGCCCACUGAGGACGAGGCAGGAUACCUGGAGAUUUGUGGAAUACAGAUUCCACAAAAUUCGAUCCUUAUUGCUUCCAGCAAGUAGCAUGAACUUCUGUGUUCACCUGUAUAAUUUAUUUUAAAGAUUCAAGGAUGUCUGUAUAAAUGGCACUGCUCCCUCCGCCCCCUAUGCGUUCACCUUUCCCCCGUACCGCACAAUUCUCCUGUAAUGACCCAUCAAUUUAAAAAAUAUAUGAUAUGAUCGGUUCUCUUUACAUUCAGCCUUUGGAGACCAGAAGACUCUAAAGGUCUUUUCAAACCCUCUGGCUGUCCUGCAAAAAUAUAACCGUCAGACCGCUUCCAUUUCCACGACUAAACAUACCAAGACUACUUAGUGACCUUUGCAUGUCUCCUCUCCCCCUCCUUAAUCCCUUUUCGUCAUACAGGAGCUGGGGGGUGCCACAGAAAUAAUGUCAGCUUGUGUGCAAUAUCUCUGAGGCGUGGCAAGGUGGCAUGGGAGUUGUCUGGGCUCAGAGGUACCUCAGAGAGGGGACCCAGGGGUCAACCCAGGUGGCAGGGCUGUUGCCGAGAGCCACGGAGGACCGGCCCAGCUCGGGCUGUUGGUCCAGCUCCGUACUGCCUACAUGUAGCCAUCUUUGCCUUUUGCUGCAAUAGAGAUGAGCAACGGAUUCAACAACGGCCCACAGCUAGUUUGCAGAACCACUCAAUUUUAAGUGCUGCUGAACUUGCAGAGCAGAAAACCAUGUGUGGGAACUGUGGUUACAGGAAAUGGAGCGCUACGACAGCGUUUACUUUUAGGCUUUUUUGACUGAUAAUAGAAAGCAGGCUAAUCGACUGGAAAUAAAACAGCAAAAGCAAAAGUAGCAACAUAUGUCAAAAUAACUCACUUACUUAAGCAAGAAAACAGUCGCUGGAAUGUUGCACAGAGGCUAAAAGAUUCAGGUACAGUGGUGAGAGGGGGCCCAUUUUAGGUUUUCCUUCUAAGGUUUUGGUUUUCAUUACCCCAAGUAAGCCUUGUCCCAAGGACAAAGCCUUGUUUUAUGAGUUCCACUGCCAGAUUUCCGAGAUGCCUGGAUCUUUCUGAUGGAUGCCUCACCUGCUACUACUUGUCAGGUUCCAAGGUCACACCUGAUAGCACUAUAGCCCCAUAUCUCAUGUACAGGGUGGUCAAAUAUAUUCUUUUUUUCUGUUUCCCCUACCAGAAUGUUCUUAGUGCAGACUACUGUGGGAGUCUAGCCAGGAACAUCUUGCUGGCAGUAGAAUUACAGCUUCUAAUCCUACCACGGAUCAUUGGUACUUACAGGCACCUCUAUUAAGGACUCUAUGAUAACUAAAGUAUCAGGAGAAAAAGUCUUCUUUCACUGAAAAGAUCUACUUGACUUGGGUAUAAGGCAAAAGUGAAAGUGGGUGACCUUUUUGCUUUAAACUAAACCGAUGUCUUCUGAGCUUCUUCCAUUUAGUUCUUAGACAUAAAGUGUUUCCCUAGUGUUUCUGCAUGUAAACAUAAAUGACUGUCUCUCUACAUUUAAUUUAAAGCUUCAGCGGUGAUGCCUUGCUUGUCUGAACCACUUUUGGUCACGUAUCAUUUUGAAAGUACAAAGAUGAUAUAUACUGUAUUAGGCUGGAAUAGCCUCUCAGUGGAUGGGGUCUAAGUCUGUCCUUAGUUGUUUCAAAAUCAAACGGUUGGCGUUAUUUCCAGCUGUGGGAGAAUGGGUUGGUCGUGAGUAAUCUAUUUCCAUAUAUCAGUCUUAGAAAUGGAACUAUGUUUUGGGUUUUCUGGUGAGGGCAAAAGGGACUGGAGUAGAUUAUCUCCAGAAGCUAGAAGAAAGAAAAAAGCUCCAGGAGAAUUUGAUCACUGGGCUUCUGCUGGGAGUUUUCCAGUUGGUGGGACUGUCAAGGAGAUGUUGUGAUGACAGACAUAUAAUCCUUAUGACAGACUGGAAUCUGGCUUUGAAUGGUGCCUUCCAUUCCCCAGACUGAGCCAAGCACUUGGCUCUGCAGCCAGUUACCAGCUGCCAUUGCUGGGAUGAAGGACUCUGCUUUCACCAACUACCAUCUCAUAUUUCUCUGGUAUGCUUCAAAGCGGCCCAGAGAAAAUUGAGGGUACAGGUGGCUAUGGGCCAAUUCAAAUAGCUCCAACUGAAGUCAUACGUAAAUCCUCGAUAUGGAAAUAGAUGAGGUAAUGACUACUGUAGGGGUCCUGGUGCAUUUGGAAAUUCUUCCAAAGCAAAAAAAGAAAGACAUUAAUGUCCUAUGUUAUUGAUGGGGAAUGACAUAGGACCAAGGCAAACACCCAGAGAACUUAGGUUUUACAAAAAAAAAAAAAAAGCAUCAAAAA